AUCUUAUCAUUCUGACAAUUUCAGGUAGAUUUACCAGAACAUAUUUCACAACACUGUUUGUCUACAUGGAUGAAUUGGCUUGUUCCCAAGUGGAAAGACAUGGCUUAAUUGCUUGAAGGUUGGUCAGUUUGUAUGGAGAGGGAAUAUCCGGCAAUUGACUGUAUCAAGCCAACAUCAGCUGAUAAACUGAAUGACUUGUUAUUUGACAGGACUUGUCUAAUGGCAGCUGUAGUGCCCUGCCACCAACCUCUGUUGUUGGGCUUAGUUGCCGUUCAGUAUGGUAAAUUAUCUUCACUUGAGGCAUAUUUCCUUCAUUGUGUUGGGCAUGUUUACUUCAGGAUGAAGUUUUCAUUUGAAGAACACGUAUUCUUUUAUGGGCAAAACUUGACUUUGCCUAGCUGAAGCUAUUGUAGAAUCAAGAAGCACCAUAGCUUGACAUUCUAAGCAUUUGGUACGCUCCUCUCCAGUAAAAGCAUUGUUCUUCCUUUUUUUUGAGGACUUGAUGUGUUAGUUGAAUGUAUUUGACCUCCACUGAGAACUUAGAUGGGGAGACUUGUGAUACCUGGCUCUCCCUCUUUGGAAGCUUGGUUUGGAGAGAUUUCAAAACAUUGGAAUACAUUACUGAAUGGUGC